GCCUAGUUUGGGUUUGACUCUCUCUCUCUCUCUCUCUCUCUCUAACUCUCCCCCAAAACCCUAUUUCAUUCAGCUAUAUAUACUUCUUUUAUUCUCAUUUUUCCUCUCACGCUUUCACUCUCACUCCGCGCCUUCGCCUCUCGAAACCCUAGAUACCCACUCAGCCGCCGAGCAAAGCCGAAGCCAUGGCAGAAACUCUUGUUCUCCGCGGAACCAUGAGGGCUCACACCGACAUGGUCACGGCCAUCGCCAUUCCGAUCGACAACUCUGAGAUGAUCGUCUCGGCAUCGCGCGACAAGUCUAUCAUCCUCUGGCACCUUACCAAGGAUGAGAAGACUUACGGUGUGCCCCGGCGUAGGCUAACUGGCCACUCUCACUUCGUCCAGGACGUCGUCCUGUCAUCCGACGGCCAGUUCGCGCUAUCUGGAUCCUGGGACGGCGAGCUUCGCCUCUGGGACUUGGCUCUCGGCGUCUCUGCUCGCCGCUUUGUGGGCCACACCAAGGACGUUCUCUCCGUAGCCUUCUCGAUUGACAACCGUCAGAUCGUUUCGGCCUCCCGCGACCGUACGAUCAAACUGUGGAACACUCUUGGUGAGUGCAAGUUCACUAUCCAGGACCAAGACGGGCAUGGUGAUUGGGUCAGCUGCGUCCGCUUCAGCCCCAAUACACUGCAGCCCACCAUCGUAUCAGCCUCAUGGGACAAGACCGUCAAAGUGUGGAACUUGACCAACUGUAAGCUGAGGUGCACCCUUGAAGGGCACAAUGGGUAUGUGAACACAGUGGCGGUUUCUCCUGAUGGCUCAUUGUGCGCCAGCGGAGGGAAAGAUGGAGUGAUUUUGCUGUGGGAUUUGGCAGAAGGCAAGAUGCUUUACUCACUUGGUGCUGGUGCUAUUAUUCACGCUCUCUGCUUCAGUCCCAACAGGUACUGGUUGUGCGCGGCAACUGAACAAAGCAUUAAGAUCUGGGAUUUGGAAAGCAAGCAAAUCGUUGAGGAUUUGAAGGUUGAUCUCAAAACUGAGGCUGAGAAGACAGAGGAUACCCAUGCUGCUACUGCUUACAAGAAGAAGGUUAUUUACUGUACAAGUUUGAACUGGAGUGCCGAUGGGAGCACCUUGUUUAGUGGCUACUCCGAUGGGGUAAUCAGAGUUUGGGGCAUUGGCCGUUACUAGAAAAGCUUGGGAGUAAUAUUCUCCUCCGGACUUAUGUUAUCGAGAACAGUCCUUUACUUUUUUUUGUUCUUGUAGUUGCUUUAAAGUUUAUUUAGGUUUUUGUUGGAAAUGUUGGACAUGUUGGAUUUUAUCAUUAUGUUGACUAUAUGGCUUUGAGGCCUCGUUAUUUUGAGCUUCGGUUUUCAAAUUAAGAUA